AGAGAGGCACGUUAGGCCACGGAGGCGUGCACGCAUGCGUAAGCCACGUGUCGCGUACUGGCGCUGUUCUCCGAGUCCGAGGAAGUGGCUGCUGAAGAGUGAGGAAAACCGCUAUGGCAGGGCAGCAGUUUCAGUACGAUGACAGCGGCAACACUUUCUUCUAUUUCCUCACCUCUUUCGUCGGACUUAUUGUUAUACCGGCGACAUACUACUUAUGGCCCCGGGAUCAGAAUGCAGAGCAACUCCGUUUAAAAUCCUUAAGAAAAGUUCACGGGAGAUGUCUUUGGUAUCGAUUGAAGCUAAUGAAAUCUCAACAAAGUGUUAUUCCAACACUGAAAAAGAUAGCUUUGCUUAUUGGAUGGGCUGUCUUUUUGUUCCUUGCCUAUAAAGUAUCCAAAAUAGACAGAGAAUAUCAGGAAUACAAUCCUUAUGAAGUACUAGAAUUACAGCCGGGAGCAUCAAUUGCAGAAAUUAAAAGACAGUAUCGGUUACUAUCACUCAAAUUCCAUCCAGACAAAGGCGGUGAUGAAAAGAUGUUUAUGAGGAUUAGCAAAGCUCAUGAAGCAUUAACAGAUGAAGAAUCUCGAAAAAAUUGGGAGAUGUAUGGAAAUCCUGAUGGUCCUCAAGCUACAAGUUUUGGUAUAGCGUUGCCAGCCUGGAUUGUGGAUCAGAAAAACUCAAUGCUGGUUCUCCUUGUUUAUGGUCUAGCCUUUAUGGUCAUUCUUCCAGUUGUUGUUGGUACUUGGUGGUAUCGAUCUAUACGUUACAGUGGAGACCAAAUUCUUAUCAACACAACACAACUAUUCAUGCAUUUCAUGUACAAAACUCCCAAUAUGAACAUGAAACGUCUGGAGAUGGUAUUGACUGCUGCUUUUGAAUUUGAUCCACGUAGCAAUAAAGAAGCAAUUAUAAGACCAACUGACAACACUGAAGUGCCACAGCUUAUUCGAGAGCUUGGAAACAUUAAUGUAAAGAAAAAGGAACCUCCAUUUUGUUAUCCAUAUAGUCUGAAAGCCAGAGUCCUCCUACUUUCUCAUCUUAACAGAAUGGAAGUAUCAGAAAACGUAGAAGAAGAUCAGAGAUUUGUUGUCAGAAAGAGCCCUGCCCUACUGCAAGAGAUGGUUAAUGUUGGUUGUCAGUUAACAAUGAUGGCAAACAGCCGUGGAGGUAUUCAGCAUGCACCACGCUUAGCUUCCAUUGAAAACUGUAUGAAGCUGUCCCAGAUGAUUGUUCAGGGUCUUCAAGAAUCUAAAUCCCAUUUGUUGCAGUUGCCACAUUUUGAAGAAGAACAUCUGCGAUACUGUGUUUCCAAAAAGUACAAAGUUCGAAGUAUUCAAGAUCUAGUCAGCCUCAAAGAUGCAGAUAGGCGCAAUAUGCUGCGCUUUCUUGGAGAGGAAAAAUAUGAAGAGGUCAUGGCAGUGAUUGGAAGUUUUCCUCAUAUUAAUAUGGAUAUUAAACUCCAAGUCCUUGAUGAUGAAGAUAGCAACAAUAUCACUGCAGGCUCCAUUGUUACAGUUACAGUAACAUUAACAAGAAGAACAAUGAUGGAGUUUUUUGAAAAGGAGCAAGAACACACGUGUGUGCCAGAAGAUCAAACUGCAGAAGAAGGGCAAGGAGACCCAAGUAAGAAUAAAAGCAAAGUAUGGCAAAGCAAAAAUAAAGGUACCAAGAAAGUUCCAAAGUCCAAAAAAAAAAAGUUAACCAAGAAGAAACCACCCUCUCAGCAGCAGCAGCAGCAGCCGAAACAGGAUAAACAAAAACAGCUCAAUGGCACAGUUUCUGCUAAUGAUGCAGUCACUUAUACGAAGGAAGAAGAAGACGACGUUUCAGAGAAGGGAAGUGAUUCAGAAGAUUUAGAUGCAAAUAAGGAUUCUCCAAGUGAGAGGGAGGAUGAGAGUGACAAGCAGAGUGAAACAGAGAAUGAUGAAAUUGGUGGAGAUGAUGAAGAGGAAUGGGAAGCACUACAGCAAAGUAUCCAAAGGAGAGAGAGGGCACUUCUAGAAACUAAGUCAAAAAUAACACAUCCAGUUUAUAGUUUGUAUUUUCCAGAGGAAAAGCAGGAAUGGUGGUGGCUUUAUAUUGCUGACCGAAAAGAGCAAACUUUAAUAUCUAUGCCCUAUCAUGUCUGCACACUAAAGGAAACUGAAGAGGUUGAACUUAAGUUUCCUGCGCCAUCAAAACCAGGAAAUUAUCAGUACUCAGUCAUUUUAAAAUCAGAUUCAUAUAUGGGAUUAGACAUGAUAAAGCCUUUAAAGCUGGAGGUUCAUGAAGCAAAGCACAUGCCAGAUAAUCACCCACAAUGGGAUAUUCCAGAGACAGAAGAGGAAGAAGAAGACCAGGAAGAUAGUGAUGGUAUAGAAGAAAGUGAAGAUGAGGAGGAAGACAACGAUUAAAUGACUGUAAUAGACUGUUUCUUCUGAUUUGUUAACAAUUUUUUUAAGAAAACGGAAACUGUAUUUGUUGCACACAAUUCCAGCACCCAUUUACGUGCGUAUGUAACAGUGCAUUCAUGUCUUAGUUGCACUGAAAUUUUAUCAGACUUUGUUUGUAAAUUUUCUGAGUGCAUCGCUCAAAGGACAUUCAGAGUGCACUUCCUAUACCUGGUAAAAUGCCUGGACAAAAUAUACCUUUGAACAGUGAAUGAGAUACUGAUAAGUAAAAUAAUAAAAAUACUACUUUCUUUGUAGUUAAUAUA